ACUUAUUUCAGAUUGGAAAAGCCUAAUAAUAUGAUUAAUUUUGCUUCGAUUUUGCGUUAUAAAUAAAUAAAGGGCAUAUUGACCUCGCUAUGACGCUAAAUACAAAUGUACGAGAAAAACCUUGGACUUGGCGAGUUUUCAGAUGAAAGUGGGUUGGGCUGUGAGGUUAUUGAACUAUUAGGAACGUACUUUAUUGUUAGCUCAGUAUCUGUUCUAACCCUGACUCAGACAGUCGCGUUAGAAGCAGUAGGCCCACUAACCUACAAGAAGUUGUUAGAAUUAGAAGGUUUUUAAUUUCUAAUUUGUUGAAAUGAUGAGAAUUGAGAGAUUAGGCUACAGUUGAUAUGAUAAUGAUGUGGUACAAUUUAUAUUUGGUAAAUAUCUGUCAGAGAUCCGUUGGUGCCACUAGGCAACUAGCAUGGAUCAGAAUGGAGAAAACGAGACCAAGAAAAUUCUCCAGUAAAAGAAAAUCUGAUGAACACAUCAUGAAAUCUGAUCCCAAAAUAAAAUGUACAAGUGUAGAGACUGGGGGCUCAGCAAAAGUAACAAAAGUUGGGGCCAGUGAAGUUCAGAAUCCACGACCAGCAACGAUGACAGAUUAUCAGCAAAGUUCUCAGGCAUCUUGUGAUCAACGAAAUCGGUAUUCUCUAACAUCAGCUCCAACUUUAACCAAUCAAUCGGUCCCCGUUAGCGAAAUCUCCAAAGCUUCGGUUCUUCAAUUCCAACCUAGAGCCCUGUAUUCUACGCGAACACAAAUACAUGUUAAAUCUUCAAAAACGUCUGUAGAUGCAAGUCAACAUACCACGACUUCUAAUAAUAAUAUGGUUGAGAACGUCGCGCAAGGAAAUUGGACUUCGCUUCGACCCAAAGAAAAACAGAAAUAUAAUAGAGAUGACAAACCGUUGUGGUCGAGAUAUGAUGACCCUAAACAGUAUAGAAAACACAAAAAAGACUAUAAACCUUCUAAUAAGGGGAAAAGAGACCCAAUUGGAUUUUCGAGUCUUCCUAGAAAAUGGGAAUAUACAGAAGCUGGUUUAAGAUUUGAAAGAGAAAGUUCUGGUCGCUUUAAAUCGGGAUUACCGUUUACCGUGAUGUCAUAUAACGUAUUAUCACAGAAAUUACUAGAAUGGCAUUUACAACUCUACGCUAAUUGUUCACCGGAAUCAUUGGACUGGGAUAUGCGGAGUGAGAGAAUAUUAGAAGAAUUGAAAUAUUUUAAACCUGAUAUCAUCUGUUUACAAGAAGUUCAGUUUGAUCAUUAUGAAUCUUUCUUUAGACAUCAUCUACGUAAGAUGGGUUAUGGUAGUGAAUAUUUGAAACGAUCAGGAGACAAACCAGACGGCUGUGCUACCUUCUUUAAUCUCGAGAAAUUCUCUCUUCUCCAAUCAACACCAGUCGAAUAUUACCGAGGUGGACUAUUAGAUCGAGACAACGUAGCGUUAAUCCUCGAACUAGCACCGAAUUCUAAAUUUUACCACGGAUCAGCAAAUAAAUUAUGCAUUGCCAACACUCAUUUGUUGUACAACCCACGUCGCGGAGACAUUAAAUUGGGUCAGCUAAUGGUUUUAUUAGCGGAGCUGGAUAUCUGUCUUCACAAACCCUCGAAAAAUGACGCGCAUUUCGAUCACGAUCCGAAGUUACGUUAUGCUCCUGUAGUAUUGUGUGGUGAUUUUAAUUCCGGACCGCAAAGUGAUUUAUACAAGUUUCUGUCAACCGGUUACGUCCAUUACGAAGGCCUUUUAACAAGACAGUUUUCAGGACAGCGUGAAGGUUUUUAUGGAAGGAAUGUUCAACUUCAUAGACAUUUUUUCGACAAAUCGUACGGAAUCACCGAUCAAUGUCAGUAUGUUGAACAUUUAAUCAAGCGUCACAUUAACAUACAACAGACGAAAAGACUUGAAAAUUCUGAAAUGCCACCGUCAGCAUCAGUUGAAACCGAAACGCAAAGUGAUAUUCAAGAUAGGGAACGAUUAAAUUUCGAAAAUGUUGGAUUUAAGGAAGACGCUCCAGUUUCUGAUGUUUCAAAAACUGUUCUAAAAUCUGAUGCGAGUGAAAAUUGGGAUGCAGAGAUUGAACAAAACCAAACUCUUAUAUCAAACGACAGUUCUACCUCGGAUUAUAAUUCUUUAUCAUCCAGUACCCAACCACAUUUUAGCCACGCCUCGGGUAAAUUAUGGCACAAGUUUAAUCUGUUAUCGGCAUAUAAACACCGAAUACAGCGAUGUGGUUUCCGUGAACCGGAGGUCACAACCCUGCACGAUUCGGAAGGAUGUACCGUAGACUACAUCUUCUAUAGCGGAAGUCGUUGUAAUAGACCCGAGGGUAAACCUGCAAGUCAAGAAGGAAAAUUAAAAUUGUUGGCUAGAUAUGGUCUGAUGUCUGGACGUGAAAUAAACAAUAUCGGGGGAUUACCCAAUCACAUACAAGGUUCCGAUCACGUCAGUUUAUUGACGAAAUUCUUGUUGAAAUAAAAAAACAAUAUUCUGGUCUCGGAUACUCCUCCAUCACUGAGUCCCAUGACUUGUUCUUAUAUCAGAAGAUAAAAAGUCUUAUUAAUUACCCAGUCACAUACAAGGUUUCAGAUCACGUCAGUUUAUUGACGAAAUUCUUGUUGAAGUAAAAAGAUAGACUAAGGCCAUACAAACACCUACAUCACUGAGCCACAUGACCUGGUCGUAUAUUGCCGUCGCCCCCGUCCGUCGUCCACAAUUUUUAUAUCAAAAGAUAAAAAGUCUUAUUAAUUACCUCAUUUAAAUAUUUUUCCUCAGUUAUAGGAAGCAAAUAUUUGAAGUGUACACAGUGGUGCAGGACAGCUGUCUAGUCCUUCGGAUGAUACGAAAAACUGAGGUCCUGUGUAUACAGGAAUUUGGAAUUUGAUAUAAGAGUAGGCAAUAGUGCCACUGCCCGGGCAAAAUUUCCCUCAUAGCACACUGUAUGGGGUAUGCCCGUCUUCAUUAGCCCAGUUUAGGAGCAGAACAGUAGGACGUUAAACCCCAUUUCAUUUCAUUUCAUUUCAGGGUCAUCUGCCCAUUUCAUUUCAUUUCAUCAUGCACGACAUUAGAUUAUCAUACAUUCCUAUAAACAACGACAAGAUGAGAUUAAUAUUGUGCCUUGAAAUGUGAUGUGAGAAUCCAUUAAGCCCAGUAGUGACUGGAUCCUUUGACACUCAAAUAAAAACCUCCCUCUCGAAUAUAAUUUUUGAAGAGGAUUGUCUAGCUGAUAACCAGAAUAUUAUUUUUGUACGGCCUUACAUUCUUCGUCCCCUGACAAAAUAAAAACACAAAAUAAAAAAUACUCCCUCCAGCAUCAGAUUUUUAGGGAGGAUUGUCUGGGAACCAAAAUAUUAUUUUUGUACGGCCUUACAUUCUUAUAAAAGUUUUAAGUCACCUUUAAAAUUUUUCACAGAAGUAAGAUGAAUUACAAUUUUCUUAGAAAGUGAAAAAAAUUAAAAUUAUUUGAGGAUUUAGGCCACAAUAAUAUGAAUUUGUGUUCUUCGGGAAGUUUGCUUUAUUCUUGUGCACAAAAAUAUAUUUGAUAUACAAAAAUACUUGGCUGCACCCUUACAGUGUGCAAUGAGGAAUAACGUUUGCCCGGACAGCGGCACUACGGCCUAUUCUUAUUUCAGAUUCCAACUGUCGAGGGUUCUUUUACGUGCAUGCCAAUGUUUAUAUGUGAUCUUGGUUUUUUGUCCUAUUUGAAGGACUAGACACUGUCCUUGCCAUGGAGAACUGUGAUGGGAAAUCCCAAAGAGCUUUAUCUGCCAAGAUCACCAGCAAAGGGAGACACCCAGGUUAGCGAGCCAAAAUCUUACUCAAUGAUCCACCGCGGCUCUCUGCAUGUCUCCAAAGCUUUUAUUUCUAACUUUGAAAUUUUAAACAAAACAUUGUUCACAAAAGUUAAAGACCUCGAAGAACUAAAAAUUGAAUUGCUUUGGCGUUGUAUUUUUUGAGUUUGAUUUAUGAUGAUUGAUCAUCAAGAGUGCUGUUUGAUUGAUUUAUUACAUUUAUCAAAAUACAGGUAAUGAAGGCCACACCAAGUAAAUAUUCUGUUCCAUGGGAAUAAAAUGAAAUGAAGUAAAAUGAGAUGGAGUUCAAAGUCUUGCUGUUCUGCUCCGACUGGUCUAAUGAAGAGAAGUAUACGUCAUACGGUGUGCCCUUAGUGAAAUUUUGCCUGGACCGCGACAGUAUGGCCUACUCUUAUAUUGAGUUCCAACUGCCAAGGGAUCUUUUACGUGCACGCCAAUGUCUACACGGGACCACAGGGCAAAAUUCCCCUCAUAGCACACUGUAUAGCAUAUGCCCGUCUUCAUUAACCCAGUCGGAGCAGAACAGUAGGACGUUAAACCCCAUUUUAUGCCAUCUCAUUUAUCAAGACCCCAAAAAACAGAAAAAGAAAUUGAUGUAGCCUAAAUGCAGUGUAUAUAAAUGAACAUUUAUUUGUAAAAUUUAUGGGCUUGAAUUAUUGUUAAUAUUGGCAGAAUUGUCAUAAGUUGUCUGAUUUUGUUAUUAGAAGUGAAUUACCGGUAUAUUAAUUUGUAUAAAUUAAUAUUUUUUAUACAUUUAAUCAGAAAUAUUAUUAAUAUAAUUUCUUCAUUGUCAUUACCACAUUAUUUUAUAUUUCUUUAUGUAAUCAUUGUUAAUGUAUAUAGUUUAAGAAUGAGAGAGAAAAUUCAAAGUGAAUAAAAUUAAAACAUA